CGCCGCGAGGACAUGGAGCAUUUAGAGGAGCGUUGUCUUCCGAAAUAAUUCAUGAUUCCGUUGCGGGACGAAGCAGAACAAGAGGAUCGAAAUCCGCGGUGCCAAGAAGAAGAAGAACAAGAAGAAGAAGAAGAAACAGAAGAAGAAGAGGGAGAGGAGGAAGAGGAGGAGGGGGGACAGUUUUUGAUGGAGUUGUGUGCGCUUAUGCCGCUGAUAUUUCUCCAUUACGCGCAGGACUAGUUGACCGUCACCAUGUUUGACUGCAUGGACGUGCUGAGUCCCGGGCAGAUGUUGGAUUUCUACACCUCGAGCCCGUCCUCGUGCAUGCUGCAGGAAAAAGCUCUGAAAGCCUGCAUCAGCGGACUGCACGCGCACAGAGAGUGGCAGCACCGCCGGAGCGCGCACUCCAUUGAGACGCAGAGCACCAGUUCUGAGGAGCUCGUCCCCAGCCCCCCCUCACCACCGCCCCCCCCAAGAGUCUACAAGCCCUGCUUCGUCUGUGAGGACAAGUCCUCGGGAUACCACUAUGGAGUCAGCGCCUGUGAGGGCUGCAAGGGGUUUUUCCGGCGUAGCAUCCAGAAGAACAUGGUGUACACGUGUCACCGGGACAAAAACUGUAUCAUCAACAAGGUGACGAGGAACCGCUGUCAGUACUGCCGCCUGCAGAAGUGCUUCGGAGUGGGGAUGUCCAAAGAGUCUGUUCGAAACGACCGCAAUAAGAAGAAGAAGGAGAGUCCGAAGCCGGAGCCGACGGAGAAUUACGAGCUGACGGCCGAGCUGGAAACCAUCAUCGAGAAGAUCAGAAAGGCCCAUCAGGAAACCUUCCCCUCCCUCUGCCAGCUGGGAAAAUACACCACGAACUCGAGUGCGGACCACCGUGUGCGGCUGGACCUCGGUCUGUGGGAUAAAUUCAGUGAAUUGGCCACAAAGUGCAUUAUAAAGAUCGUGGAGUUUGCCAAACGAGUUCCUGGCUUCACGGCGCUCACCAUCGCCGACCAGAUCACUCUCCUGAAGGCCGCCUGCCUCGACAUCCUGAUCCUGCGCAUCUGUACGCGCUACACCCCGGAUCAGGACACCAUGACCUUCUCCGACGGCCUGACUCUGAACCGGACUCAGAUGCACAACGCUGGCUUCGGCCCGCUCACAGACCUCGUCUUCACCUUCGCUCACCAGCUGCUGCCCAUCGAGAUGGACGACACGGAGACAGGGCUACUGAGCGCCAUCUGCCUCAUCUCCGGAGACCGCCAGGACCUGGAGGAACCCUCUAAAGUGGACGAGAUGCAGGAGCCUCUUCUUGAAGCUCUGAAGAUCUACGUGAGGAAGAGGAGGCCGAGCAAACCUCACAUGUUCCCCAAAACCCUGAUGAAGAUCACCGACCUGCGGAGCAUCAGCGCUAAAGGCGCAGAGCGGGUCAUCUCUCUGAAGAUGGAGAUUCCCGGUUCGAUGCCGCCGCUCAUCCAGGAGAUGCUGGAGAACUCGGAGGGUCAGGACGGGUCGAGCGGCGGGGAAAAGAGCUCCGGGGGCGGGAAGAAAGGAGGGAAGAAGGGCAAGAAAAACAGCGGGAAGAGCAGCAGCAAGGGCGGCAAGAAGAAGAGCGAAACUCCGGCUAAAGAGGAAGAGGAGGAGGAGGAAGAAACCCCUCGGAGAAACGAAACUCCCAACGAAAAAACCGCGGAAUCGCCGGAGUUUCCGGACACCGAAGAGGCUUUUCCGCCCGGAGACAAGUCCUAAGAAAAGGCUCUUUCUGACUUUCCUUUGCCCAGAAAGGAGCAUCCUAGCAAGGCUUCCCCUCCUUCUCCCCCCUCCCUGCUAGGUAUCUUUACUUCUAUUUCCCCCCUUAAAAAGAAGACUCGUGUGAAUCAUUUGGACUCGGUGUUUUGGACGAAGAAGUAAGAGAAGAUUCUCCUCAGGUCUCCUGUGUAAACCCUAAUGCAUGAUGGGAGAUUGUCGGCACACACGUUGUAAAUACCAUCGGACGGUUAGGAGUCUCUGUUUCUAUGAUGGAUUUUGUGGUGCUUUUUAAUCAUUGUCUUAAAUAUUAUCUUCGAGGCGAGCGGGACGGACAGCUAUUGGAGAAGUUAUCUAGAAUGUUAUUGCAUAUAGACAUUACGGAAUAUUUUAUAUUUGUUGCUAUAUUUAAAAAAACGUUUUUUCGUCUUUUCUAACACGUCAUGAAUCCGCCAGAAUGCAAAGCUCCUCUCGAGCUCAACAACAGCCUUCGAUACGCACUCAUCAGAGUUCAGAGAAAUGAACGGCUGUGAUCUUUGUUAACCUUUAACCUUUAACCCCGACCAUGAUCCAACUCUAACUGUGUCGCACUUUAUUAUCACCGUCUGGUCGGUUAGGAGGUUAAACAAACCGAUGCUACGCUAACUAAUCCGGUUAGCUCGUCUCCACUGAAGGGUCUGCGUUAGUCCUGAUCUGAGUUACAGCGUGAUGACUUGUUCCGUGGAAAGAUGAGCGAUACCAGGGAAAGGAAUCAAUUCGAGAAUACUGAGGAACACAGUUCAAACGGACGUCAUGCACUUACAUGAUUGACCUGAAUAAAUCAUGACCAAAACCUUAAAAAAAAAUGAACUAAACUGUAGUUUUUUACAGCAUUUUUGUGGCUUUUACGUCUCAAAUUUGUUUUCUUAAUUACUAGAAAUGCUAUGUUUUGAUUUUGAGAUCUCAGAAAUGAUUUUGAUGAUUAUAGUCUUAUAAAACCUCUACAAAGAGGAGCGGUCGUUACCAGGGAAAGGAAUCAGAGGAAUUAGAGAAUACUGAGGAACACAGUUCAAACGAACGUCAUGCACUUACAUUACUGAUGUUAAAACCUGGAUAAAUAGCGAACAAAACGUUCAGAAAAAGAACUCAAAUGUAGUUUUUACGCAGCAUUUGUGUUGCUUUUCUGUCACACACAAAUAGGUUCUAU